ACCAUAUUCAUUUUAGUUGAGAAUGCAUUUCAAGAAUGCAAACUAAACACUAACCUAGUUUCCGUGCGAGGAUCGGACGAGCGGAUAAGAUCGCUCUCGAUAGUCGGAACCAUUUAAGGGAGCGAAAGAGAAUGCGUCAAGAAGCGCAAUGGAACUGCGGUUCGGAUUUCGGAAUGAGUAACGGAGGUGGUUGACAUAAUCGAAGGGCCUGUUCCCAUGAAACUGGCCGUAAUUUUUCCUGCCCCUUGUCGUUCUUGUUCUGCUCCUUCAUCUUCCUUAUCCGCAAAUGUCAGGGCCAAGAGCCGGAACCCCGACCCGGCUUCUGGUAAGGGUUCUGAUCCAACUCCUCCAAGGAUUACAUCGAAUGUCAAGCAGAAUUUGCAGUUUUUAAGGUUGUGGAGGGAUUUCCAAAGACAAAAGUCCACACCUAAGCCUGCUACUAGUUACCGUAGAAAGAAGGUGCCGAAGGAGGAUCUUCCAGAAGAUGCAGAGCUAUAUCGAGACCCUACCAUGACACUUUACUAUACAAACCAGGGUGUGGACAGUGCAGUCCCAGUUUUGCUUGUUGAUGGAUACAAUGUCUGUGGCUAUUGGAUGAAAUUGAAGAAACAUUUUAUGAAUGGAAGACUCGAUAUUGCUCGCCAAAAGCUUAUUGAUGAACUGAUAACAUUCAGUAUGCUGCAAGAGGUGAAAGUGGUUGUGGUUUUUGAUGCUAUGAUGUCUGGGCUCCCUACCCACAAGGAGACCUUUGCUGGGAUUGAUGUAGUAUUCUCGGGUGAUUCAUGUGCUGAUGCAUGGAUUGAGAAAGAGGUUAUAGCUUUGAAGGAGGAUGGUUGCCCAAAAGUCUGGGUUGUGACAUCUGAUUGUGAUCAGCAACAAGCAGCGCAUGGAGCA